ACUUGAAAAGAGUGUUUGAUUGUGUUCAGCGGGUCCGCGCGAUCCAAACAUUUUCCCGAGGAUGUCGGUUGGCUUGGACUUUCAGGAAGUCAGGUUGAGAGCGAUAAUAGAAGUACUUCAGAACCUUUCGAGAGUGGUAACUAUAAAAAAGCGUUACAGGAGGCGAAUAAAGUGCUCAAGAAAACACCGAACUGCACGUCAGCUAAGGCUUUGAAGGCCUUGACACUUCACCGGUCAGGAAAAGUGGCAGAAGCCAACUCACUCGCUGAUGAAAUCAUCAAGUCAUAUCCCACGGAUGAAUCUACGCUCAAUGUGAUCAUGUGUUACUUUCGUAAGACUGGACAGACACAGCAAAUAUCGGAGUUCUUGAGAAGUUCACUGGAAAAGACUCCAAACAGAGAAGAUCUUUUAGUAUGUUUGUUUCUUCACCAGGUUCAGGAAGGAGACUUUUCUGCCCAGCAGGCAACUGCACGUCUACUUUCACAGAAUUUUCCAUCCACUUCUUACGUUUACUGGGUCAUGAUGAGCACAAUUAUGCAGGCUGAAGCAGAUCCUGUGAUGGGGAAACGGAUGUAUUUACCACUGGCGGAAAAAAUGCUUUUGCGAGAAGCUGAAAGCGGAAAAAUGACCAGACAUUCUGAGUUCCAAGUUUUAAUAGAUUUACUCACACGUCUGCAAAAGCAUGAGUUGGCUUAUAGGCUUCUUGACAGAAAAGAUAUAACAGGUUUGAAUACAAUUGCAGAGUUAACUAUUUCAACUAUAGAUCGUAUGGAUACGGAGGAUUACUCUUGUGAUUACCUGUACACGAGACUCAGUCUAGUAGCUCAUUUGGGCAUCUGGGAGGAUCUCUAUGCUUUGGUAAAAACUCAGGUUAAUGUUAGUCCGAAUGAUUGGAUGCCAUGGAAGAAGUUGAUAGAAGUUUCUUUGGAAGAUGUGGCGAGGGUUGAGAAGGUAUUGUCACUAAUCAAUGCUUCUAUAACUGACCAUCCUUGUAUUCGUGGUCCACAGCUGGCGCGUUUAGAUUUGUUUGCCAGUAUGCGAAAAUUGGGAAUGAACUCAUUGUGUGAUCAUGACGCACUAACGUACAUGUUGGAUUAUUUUAAUUCUUUCUGUCAUAAGCCUAUAUGUUCCAUGGAUUUAGCAUACCUUGUUCCUGUGAUUUUGCCGAGUCGGGAUGACCAAGUUACAUAUAUUAAAACCCUAAUAAAAACUGUGGAGACAAACCAGAAUUUCAUAAAUAGAGACGACAGAACCCUAUAUCGCCAUUUGUGUGCUUAUCAAAUAGCACGUGCUAAUAAUCUUAAAGCUUCUCUACAGACUUCACUACGCUGCUACUUCGGAUAUGCUCCAGACCGUGGUGAAGCGUUGCUAAAGAAAUUAAGGGAUAUCGCUAUCAAAGACGAGGCAACUUUUCUUGAUCUUUAUCCGGUCGAUGGUUUUUUGUUACUAUCCUUGUCAUCACUACUGGAGACAUCCUCUAUCCCAGAUGAUAAUUACCUUUUCUCAUUUGGUGUCGGACUUCUUGCCGUUUACUGGAUUCAUGUAAUCGGAUUAGAGUAUACAACUGUUAAUCAUCAUCUGCGUAUAAAGUUGUGUCAUUUGUAUUCAUCCAAUUUCCUAAAUUGUACUGAACUUCUCCUGCCUCACUUAGAUAAGCUUGAAGUCAAGCAGCUGCUGUUCAUCUCAUUGGGACAUUUAGUCAUUCAACCGUUUCCGUCACUGGCCGCAUGUACAGAUAUUCUACCUACGCAAUCGCAAAGUGAUGAUGAAAGCAAUUCUGUGCACAGUCUUUACCAGAGGAUUAUAGCACUUUCAAAUAGCAUGGUCAAUGAAGCUGAAGAGUGUUUAGUUGCUACGUAUCGAAAGCACGCCUAUACAAAAAUCCGUGAAUUCACACAAUUUGUGAGCCAGCUUCGAAAUGCUGAUGCUUUUUUAACUGUGCGUGCAGAAUUACUUCAUUGGCAGUUAGUUGUUUCACAGUCCGACUUCGAUACUUUGUUGGAGGAACUUGGUCCAGCUCAAAAAAGUAUAGAUAAUGUUUCGAAGCAUCUUAAAACUAUUGCUGAUUGUCGGGAUUUUUCAGUCACACCCAACUUUGAUCCAUAUGAGCGUUAUGAAAAUGUGCAGCUGUCAUUUGAACAUCUAGUGUCGUGGUUAAAUCUCCGUUGUUUAACCUUGAACGCCAUAAUGGCUGGAACGUCGCUUGUUAUGUCUACUGUGAAAACUUUACACCAUCUUAUUUCUGAUGGGCAACAAAAAACAGCAGAAAAUUCAUCACCAUCAGAGUCAGUUGAAAAUGUCAAAAGUUUAUUAUCGACUUUAAGUAACAUUGCUUCAUGCAUCAAGGAGCCAUCUAAAGAAGAAUUAAGUGAUUUUAAAUUAUUUUCUUGGAGUGUGAUGACAAAACGUGACCAAAUAUUGAAAACAUAUGCAGAUUUGCCAAAUAUCUGUUGUGCUUCGUUGUAUUGUUACGGACCAUAUCGAAGUGUUUUAUCUAUUGGUCUUGAGCUUAUUUUGGGUAUUUUCAGUUUGGUUUCAAAUGGUCCAUGUAAGUUUUGACGAGAUAACUCUAGGAGCAAAAAUAUUUAAUAUUUUUCAUUGUGAAUAAAUUUAAAAGAAUGUUUGCGUAAUAAUCAGUAUUUUAAUUUUGCUGGGAAUAUUACUGAAAUUGAAAAAGUCGUUAUGCGCAAAUGUUCAUUGUAAAUUUAUUUACUGUAAACUGAUUUCUUACACCAUAGACAAACUCUUCAUCAAUAUAAUGAGAAUUAAUGUUCUUGUAUGGUCAUCCUCUUAAGUGUAAUAGCUCUUCAUAUGAAAGACUUUAUUCCAUAACUUUUUGUCUGUCUUAUCCAGGCUCCUUUCAAAAAGAAAGUAUGAACUGUCUUCUUAAGUCCCUUCACGAAUGCUUUUUGUCAAAAAAUUAUAAGUCGAAAUGUGAGGAUAUGCCACAGAUUUACCCAGCUGUAGAUACUGCUUCUAUCCCUUUUGCGUCGAAAAGUGUACAUACAACUGAUUUUGUGCAUCCUGGUGGUAUUUUACUGAUCUUGACCAUGUUUUUUGAGAGUAUUUCAUUGGGAAGUCUACUAACAUCAAUGAUACGGAGUGCAUUACGUCCUAGAAGGUAAAUUCAAUUACAUUAUUAAUGCUUUCUUGUUAUGAAGUUUAUAUUCUUUCUGCGUGUUAAAGAGCAUUUUAGGCAACUCCAUGCAGUAUAGUGUUGAAUCACGUCUUAAAGUGCUGAAUACCACCACAAAACAUACAUCUUAACUACAAGUUUUCUGCAUCAACCUUAAGUUCUUAAAAUGUGAGGACUGCAUAGUUUUCUUUCAUUUCUGUGAUUCCUUCAGGUUAUUUCAUAGUCACAAUAUUAGUGAUCAUAAUAAUGGUAAUAAUAAUAACAGUAAUACUUCCACUGCUAUGGUAACCAACUCAACUCUGGUAGAGUAGACUGGUAAUCAGGCUAAACAACAUAGGAUUUGGCACAUUAUUUGUUGCCGUUGUUGUAACAGCACCAUGUGUAAUUUCGUGCACUCGAUAAUGAAUCAUAUCUAAUAAUCCCAGCAAGUGAUAUUACCCGACUGUCAAAAUCUUGGUAGGUGGAGUAGGAUUGGUAUUAGCAAACCCCAAGUUGAAACUUGAGUAGCUGAACCAGUGGAUCACAGCUCCGAUUAGCUGCCUCUCCUCAACUAACCAUUAAAGGUGUCCACUAGUGUGACUAAGUUUGAACUUCUUGGCUUACGCUGCAUAUUCGACAGCUUUUGGUAGGACUACGGUAAAAAGUCCGAAUAUUGUCAUAUUAGUGGUGUUUAAGUGUCCAAAAUAUGAAUACAUUUGGCAUGUGUUGCUUCAGGGUGAGUCUACACCAACCUCGAGUGUAAAGAUAAGGAGUGAAUUCUCUGCAUACACUAACCACCUCACAUAUUUGAGAAGCGGCAUUGUUUCUAAUGAAAUCUCAAGAUGAAUACAAAAUGUUCAUUCUGCAUUUUUCAGUUUGUGCUGUCUCUGGCAUUAAUGAGACUUCUGACUACCUACCGAAGGAACAUUGUAUUGUGCAGCAGUGUCUUCUAUCCUUUUAAAGCUAGAAGAGAUUAUAAUUUAUCGAUCAUAGGUGCCUUUCAAAGCAUUGUUCACGUGUGGCGUAACUCCAAGGUAAACAGCACUAAGUUGUCUACAAAAUGCUAGGUAAGACAGGCAGACCGCAGAUUAAGGGGACCCAUCACCACCUGAAGUGGUUUGAACAUGUCUUGUACAUGCCGGGUCACCCCUGAGUUUAGAUAAUCUCUGUCAUUUUAUUCUAUCUAAGAUAUUCAUUCAACACUAAAUGGUUUGUCUGACUGAAUUUAGCACAUAGUUUGUCACGCUUUUGUCCAUUGGUUUUCUGUAAAAUACUCUUGGGUCUUGUAAAUUUUCACGGGUUAGUAAUCUAACUGAAUAUGUUAUGAAUCACAUGAAGAGAUAAUGCGGAGUAAACUGAUUGGGUGAAGCUGUUGAGGUAAUUUUACUUCUAAUAUGGCUUUUGCCGAAAUCACGUAAGAAAGUCGAUCAAAGUCGGCAGAGCUCUUAAUUUUGGAAAGAGUUUGCUUAUUCUGCUAAGUUUUAUGAAUGUCCGAUUUUUCCAAUACUAUACAAAACUUCCUCUUUUCCAUUUUAGCCAUUUUCAUCAUCAAGCAAAUAAGCGUCAAAAGCGGAAAGCUAAAAAGGACAGGCCAGUAUAUGAGGACACUAUUCAUUCUCCAAUUUUCAACUUGUUAGAUGAUCUGGGUGCUGAUCUACACCAUACUGUAAUUCAAUUGAUUGCUGUUACCGAUCAUUUAGCUGAGGUUACGGAAUCAUGGGCCACUUGGUGUCGUGAUGAUUCAUCUAAAGAGUUUCAGCAACUUGCCCUUAAUGCUUGUACACAAGUGUUAUCUGAAGACUUUUUAGAACAGCACCCUGUUCUGAAGCCAUCUGCGUCUGCUUUUGAAGAAAUUAGCACCACGUAUGAAAAAAGUUUUGGUCGUAUCGCUGCUGGUCUUCGUGUGAAAUCAUCUUGUCUUCAAAACAUUGCAUCCGAAUUAGCUGUGUAUGAAUCUGUGAAUCAUGAAACAGAGUUUGGACAAGUUUCUCUUUCUUCCUGCUAAAUUUUGACUUUAUAGUGUAUUCUCAUGUCCAUUUUUCAGCAGAAAUCAAUCAAAUUUAAAAGAGUUUGCAUUUUUAUUGCAUGAAUCUUCUCUGUGUGCUGUUAAACCUUUAAUUUCUAACCCUGCUGUUUUGAAUUCGACAGUAUUCUAUUAGGAAAUAAAAGGAAGUAAAAUACACUUAUUUUAGGAUAU